AGGUAUGGAGCCGUAGGCCACUGUGCAGUCAACAGAGACAGGCCUGAAGACACAUGAUAAGAGUGUUUACACUUGAUACUAUGGUGAUGAGAGAGCAAGACCGAGCGAGGCGGCUGGUCAGAUGUUCAGUUCAGACCCAGAGAGGUUUCUGUGAGGUGUAUCGGAGACUGGAGCUAUAUGAAGAUGUACAGGUGUUUGAUAAAAGAUUUUGAGACACGUCCAUCAGUGACGCAUCUGCUGGAGCAUCCGUUCAUUAAACAGGCUCAUGGAAAAGACACGUCGCUCAGGCAGCAGCUGUCCGUCCUCAUCCGUGAGCAACAGGACGUGGGCAGCAGGACCAAGACCAGGCAUGAGCGGAUCAACACUCGGAAAACCCUCAUCAUUGAGAUCUGUCCUGAUGAUGAUCUGGUGAACCUGGAGGUUUUAGAUGAGGAAACAAUCAUUACACAUCUUCACAAGCGAUAUCAGGAGCUGCAGAUCUACACGUAUGUUGGUGAUAUCCUCAUAGCCCUUAACCCCUUCCAGACCCUCAGCAUCUACUCUCCACAGUUCUCAAAGCUCUAUCAUGGGAUGAAACGCUCCACUAACCCCCCACACAUCUUUGCCACUGCUGAUGCAGCCUAUCAGAGCAUGGUCACUCUCUCUAAAGACCAGUGUAUAAUCAUUAGUGGAGAAAGUGGAGCUGGUAAAACAGAGAGUGCCCACCUCAUCGUCCAACAUCUCACAUUUCUGGGCAAGGCUAAUAAUCGUACACUUCGUGAGAAGAUUCUUCAAGUAAAUCCCCUGGUGGAGGCGUUUGGUAAUGCGUGCACGGCCAUUAAUGAUAACUCCAGCCGCUUUGGGAAGUACCUGGAGAUGAAGUUCACACCAACAGGGGCGGUGAUGGGUGCUAAGAUCUCUGAGUAUCUUCUGGAAAAAUCAAGAGUCAUCAAACAGGCUACGGGAGAGAAAAACUUCCACAUAUUUUACUAUAUCUAUGCUGGUCUUUACCACCAAGACAACCUCAAGAAAUACAGACUACCCAACAAAACUGCCCCCAGAUAUAUUGAUUGUGUUAAUGGUAAAGUAAUGCAGGACAUCAUCUCUAGCAAACUGUACAAGGAGCAAUUUGUUGCCAUUCAGGACUGUUUCCGUAUCAUAGGAUUUACUGAGGAGGAAGUGAAUUCUGUGUACAGAAUUCUAGCAGCCAUUUUAAAUACAGGAAAUAUUGAGUUCACAUCCACCAGCUCCCAACAUCAGAGCGACAAGAGUGAGGUGCCCAACUCUGAGGCCUUAGAUAAUGCGGCCGCUCUGCUCAGUAUCGGCUCUGAGGAGCUUCAAGAAGCUUUGACCUCCCACUGCGUGGUAACUCGAGGAGAAACCAUCAUUCGCACCAACACUGUGGAUAAGGCCACUGAUGUGAGAGAUGCCAUGUCUAAAGCCCUGUAUGGACGCCUCUUCAGCUGGAUUGUGAACCGCAUUAAUGCUCUGCUGCAGCCUGACACUAACAUCUGUGCGGCUGAGAGUGGAAUGAAUGUGGGGAUCUUGGACAUCUUUGGUUUCGAAAACUUCAAGAAGAACUCAUUUGAGCAGCUGUGUAUCAACAUCGCAAACGAACAGAUCCAGUUCUACUUCAAUCAGCAUAUCUUUGCCCUGGAACAGAUAGAGUAUCAGAGUGAGGGUGUAGAUGCCAGUCUGGUGGAAUACGAGGACAACAGGCCCAUUCUAGACAUGUUUCUUCAGAAGCCCAUGGGUUUACUGUCUCUGCUGGAUGAGGAGAGCCGUUUCCCACAGGCCACCGACCAAACACUCGUUGAUAAGUUUCAGGAUAACCUGAGAAACAAGUACUUCUGGACACCCAAGCGUGUGGAGCUUUGCUUUGGGAUCCAGCAUUAUGCUGGCAAGGUCUUGUAUAAUGUCAGUGGUUUUCUGGAGAAGAACCGUGACACUCUUCCUGCAGACAUUGUGGUGGUUUUGAGAACGUCAGAGAACAAACUUCUGCAGCAGCUGUUUUCCAGCCCCCUGACUAAAACAGGUACUAGAAUCAUUCAGCAUUCAUCCAGUGAGCAUGUCUGUGGUGUCCCUUCUGUCAGCUCACUAGCCAAUCAGAAUUGAUUGUCAGGUCAAAUA